AUGUUUCGAGUCAGCGCAUUCCGGUCUCCUCCGCGGAUACGGCCCACACUCCAGGCGAACACAAUGAGCGUCCAAGUCGCUGUUGCAGCCGCUGUUGCUGGCAUUGGCGUAUAUGCCCUGUACCUGCGCAGGAACAAUUCCGCACAAGACGGAAAACCCAUCUUCAGCAGCUUCGGCUUUCACAGCCUGCCCCUCCACAGCACCGAGCUCAUCAACCACAACACCAAGCGGUUACGCUUCGAGCUCCCGGACAAGAGUCAAGCGAGCGGGCUAUCCCUUACCUCAGCGCUCCUAACCGUUUCUUUCCCCAAUGGCGGCUGGAUCCCCGUGCUCCGGCCUUACACUCCUGUAAACGACUUGGAUGAACCCGGCUUUGUCGAGCUCUUAGUAAAGCACUACCCGGGUGGCAAACAGAGCACUCACCUCCACUCUAUGAAACCCGGCGACCGCCUCACAUUUGCGCCCAUCAAGGAGUUCGCCUGGACGCCCAACAAGCACGCCCACAUGGGCCUCAUCGCUGGCGGCGCGGGGAUCACGCCUAUGUACCAGCUCGCCCGCGGUAUCCUCCGAAACCCGGACGACCAGACGCGCGUCACCCUCGUGUGGGGGGUCAAUACCGAUGCCGACAUCUUCCUGAAGGAUGAGUUUGCCGCCCUGGAGAAGGCAUAUCCCGGCCGGUUCAAGGCCGUUUAUGUUGUAGCCACGCCUGAUCCUGGAUCGCCGCACCAGAAAGGCUUUGUGACGAAGCAAAUCCUGGAGAAGGCCGGGCUGAACCCAAGGGACGAGAAGAAUAAAGAUAUUAAGAUCCUGGUGUGCGGGCCGCCGCCCAUGGAGAAGGCGCUGAAGGGUGCGAAAGGGUGGAUGGGAGGUGCCAGCAAGGGCGUGUUGGCCGAACUCGGGUACCGGCAGGAUCAGAUUCACAGCUUCUAA